GGAGGGGGGCCGCCGCCGCUCCGCGCCUCCCCGGUCACCGCGGCGGAGGCUGAACUUCCUGGGUCACCGGCGGCUCCUCCAUCCGGGAGCCGGGCGGAGCCGCCGCGGGGCCGGCGGCGGCGGCGCUUCCCCGAGCGGCCCGGAGCGGGGGGCGGGGGGCGGGGGGGGGGGGCGGCGGUGCCCCGCGGCCGCCGGAGCAUCGCUCCGCCGGGCUCUGCCCCCGCCGUGUCCGCGGGUCCCGGGGUGCCGGGGGUCCCUCCGCCGAGCCGGGGAGGGGUUGCCCGAGCCGGCGGGUGCCCCUCUCCGCUGCCCGCAGCCCCACCGCGGGAUGGGGGGACCCUGCUAGCGGGCCCCGGUAUCUCCUUGGAAAGCCACCGAGGCCCGGUGCCACCGGGCUUUGAAGCGGCGUCGGCGACAUGCAGGAGAGCUACGAGUCCCUGCUCCUGCUGGACUUCCCGAUUCCCAAGCCCAAUGUCAUCUCCCGGCUGGAGCUGGAGGAAGAGCUCGGGGUGCCAGACCCGAAUGACACCAAGGAAUGGGAGAUCCUCAGGGUGGCCCCCACAGCAGAUGACGGUACAGGGAGCGAGAACGAGGAGGAGGCUCCCGAACCGGAUGGCCCCGAGCUGGCAGAGCUGGAUGUCAUCCUGUCCCGGGGGACUGAGCAGGGCAUCCCCCAGAGCCCUCUGCUUGGGGACGCCUGCCAGAGCCACUGCGGCCCGCCCUGGGACCCACGGAACACCCCCGAGGAGCGGCCAGCAAGGCCCCCCUGCAGUGGGACGACAGCCAGCAGCCGAGGGGGGCGGCGUGCACGGCGGGGCAACAUGCCGAAAAGCUGUGGGCACUGCGAGAAGACCUUCUCCCGGCGGUCGGAGCUGCUGAUCCACCAGCGGCUGCACACAGGGGAGAAGCCCUACAAGUGCCUGGACUGUGGGAAGAGCUUCACCCGCAGCUCGAACCGCAAUGCCCACCAGCGAAUCCACAGCGGGGACAGGCCCUACAAGUGCCCCGACUGCGGGAAGAGCUUCAGCCAGAGCUCAGACCUGGCGAAGCACCAGCGGUUACACGGUGGUGAGCGGCCCUAUGCCUGCACCAAGUGCGGAAAGAGCUUCAGCUGGAGCUCAGACCUUGUCGUUCACCAGCGCAUCCACACCGGCGAGCGGCCCUACAAGUGCCCCCAGUGCGGGAAGACCUUCAACCGCAGCUCCAACCUGAACACGCACCAGCGGACACACCUGGGCGAGCGGCCCUACAAGUGCGCCGACUGCGGCAAGAGCUUCAGCUACAGCUCGGCCUUCCUCAAGCACCAGCGCACCCACACCGGGGAGAAGCCCUACCAGUGUGCCGGCUGUGGAAAGAGCUUCUUCGAGAGCUCGGCCCUGAUCCGGCACCAGCGCAUCCACACCGGGGAGACCCCCUACCAGUGCCCCCACUGCGGCAAGAGCUUCAAGCAGAGCUCGUCCCUCAUCACCCAUCUGCGCACCCACACCGGGGAGAAGCCCUACAAGUGCGGUGACUGCGGCAAGAGCUUCAUUGUCAGCUCAGCCCUCAUCAGGCAUCAGCGCAUCCACCUGGGAUAGGAGCCCACCACUGCUCUGCCUCCAGGCGUCCAACCCCACCACACUGGGGGGGGGCCGAGCCAGACAGAGUAGAGGUGGCUUGAGGGUACCAAUGGGCUUCAGUCAGUGGGGAUGGACACAAGGGAACAUUUCAGCUCUCCUGUGUGGAUCAGGGAUGCGGCACUGCCACCAGCUGCCUGCGGGAACUCCUGGACCCUGUCCCAGCCAGAGCUGUGGGAAGCCCACGCCGGGCGGGCAGCCCUGGCUCGCUCCUGGCUCAGGGCUGAGGGCUCGGGACGGCCCGGGCCGCCUUUGCGCUGCGCUGUGUCCAUGUCGUGGCUGUUGUGUAAACGGGGCCAAGCCUUUUACCUGCCGGUGUUUCGCCAUGGGGUUCAAGGGAGGAAAGGGGAGGGGGGGACUGCAAAGCACAACCCAAGGCCUGGGCUUGCUCGCAAGGCGCGCUCCUCCCUGCGUGAGCACAAAGGGUCCUGUAAGCCAUUAAGCGGGCAACGGCCCUGCCCGAGCAGGGCUGUCGCAGCAGCUCGGCCGACGCCGCUGGCAAGACAAGCUCAGCGCGAGCCCGGGCUCAGCAUGGCGGGGCGCGCAAUCCCUCUCCUUUCCCUGCCUGCUGUAGUAAAGAGUUGCUGUUUGCCGGCUGCGGGCUGCGCGCGCCUGUGCUUUCCCCCAGGGCCAGGACGGGGGGGGUCGCAAGGGCUGCCGCUGCCGACACCCGCAGUCCAGUGGUGCCCUUCGUCCCCGCCGGGAGCUGCUUUUCCAGACGGGGAAUGGCGUGGCUGGGCACGACGGCGCCUUGAGGGGGGCCUCUCGUGCUGCUUAGGUGGGGACGGCCCGGGGACGCCCCCGGCUCGAGGAGCCCCCGCCAUGUCGCCGAAGCGCUGCAGAGGGUCCGCGGCCCCCCAGCCCGAGCGUGGCAGGUCCCCGAGGGGCCCGGGCCGGGCAGAGGGGCAGCCGGCCCCCGCGGCCGGCGGGGAGGCCGAGGCGGUCGGCCGCGGGCGUGGGGGGCGGAAGCGCAAGGAGACGGUCGUGCGGCAGCGGGCGGCCACCGGCGAGCACCCCAACAUCUGCGUGGAGUGCGGCAAGAGCUUUGCGCAGAGCGCGGCGCUGCUGGCCCACCGGCACAGCACCGGCGAGGUGAAGCCCUUUGCCUGCCUCGACUGCGGCAAGAGCUUCGGCCUCAGCGACAAUCAGAUUCGGCAGCAGUGCGCCCACGCCGGCGGGAGCCCACAGAGCUGCCGGGACUGUGGGAAGGAGGUGGACGGCGACACCAACGACCCCAGCCCAGCCCCGCAACCCCCUGGCCAGAGUCCCGACGAGUGCCGCGACUGCGGGGAGGGCUUCGGCCAGAGCUCAGACCUGGCGAAGCACCAGCAGCUGCACACCAGCGAGCGGCCCUACGCCUGCACCGACUGCGGGAAGAGUUUCCGACGGAGCUCGGACCUCGUCAUCCACCAGCGCGUCCACACCGGCGAGCGGCCCUACAAGUGCCCCCAGUGCGGGAAGAGGUUCAGCCGGAGCUCGGACCUCGUCAUCCACCAGCGCAUCCACACCGGCGAGCGGCCCUACAAGUGCCCCCAGUGUGGGAAGACCUUCAAGAGCAGCUCCAACCUCAACAUGCACAAGCGGACCCACCUGGGCGAGCGGCCCUACAAGUGCGCCGACUGCGGCAAGAGCUUCAGCUACAGCUCAUCCUUCCUCAAGCACCAGCGCAUCCACACCGGGGAGAAGCCCUACGAGUGCCCCCACUGCGGGAAGAGCUUCUGCGAGAGCUCAGCCCUGAUCCGGCACCAGCGCACCCACACCGGGGAGACCCCCUACCAGUGCCCCCACUGCACCAAGAGCUUCAAGCAGACCUCGGCCCUCAUCACCCACGUGCGUACCCACACCGGGGAGACCCCCUACCACUGCCCCCACUGCGGCAAGAGCUUCAAGCAGACCUCGUGCCUCAUGACCCACCUGCGCACCCACACCGGGGAGAAGUCGUACCAGUGCGGCAACUGUGGCAAGCGAUUCUGGGAGACCUCGGCCCUGAUCCGCCACCAGCGCAUCCACACCGGGGAGAAGCCCUACCAGUGCCCCCACUGCGGGAAGAGCUUCUGCGAGAGGUCGCCCCUCGUUACCCACCUGCGCAUCCACACCGGGGAGACCCCCUACCAGUGCCCCCACUGCAGCAAGAGCUUCAAGCAGACCUCGUCCCUCAUCACCCAUGUGCGCACCCACACCGGGGAGAAGCCCUACAAGUGUGGCGACUGCGGCAAGAGCUUCAGCUACAGCUCAGAUCUGGUCCGGCAUCAGCGCAUCCACACCGGGGAGACCCCCUACCAGUGCCCCCACUGCAGCAAGAGCUUCAAGCAGAGCUCGUCCCUCACAGUCCACCUGCGCACCCACACCAGGGAGAAGCCUUACAAGUGCAGCGACUGUGGCAAGAGCUUCUCUGAGUCCUUGGUCCUCAGAUGGCACCGUCGCAUCCACCUCAGAGCCCAAGUCACAGUCUGGAUGGAAACAAGGGAACAUUUCACCUCUCCUGUGUGGAUCAGGGAUGCGGCACUGCCACCAGCUGCCUGCGGGAACUCCUGGACCCUGUCCCAGCCAGAGCUGUGGGAAGCCCACGCCGGGCGGGCAGCCCUGGCUCGCUCCUGGCUCAGGGCUGAGGGCUCGGGACGGCCCGGGCCGCCUUUGCGCUGCGCUGUGUCCAUGUCGUGGCUGUUGUGUAAACGGGGCCAAGCCUUUUACCUGCCGGUGUUUCGCCAUGGGGUUCAAGGGAGGAAAGGGGAGGGGGGGACUGCAAAGCACAACCCAAGGCCUGGGCUUGCUCGCAAGGCGCGCUCCUCCCUGCGUGAGCACGAAGGGUCCUGUAAGCCAUUAAGCGGGCAACGGCCCUGCCCGAGCAGGGCUGUCGCAGCAGCUCGGCCGACGCCGCUGGCAAGACAAGCUCAGCGCGAGCCCGGGCUCAGCAUGGCGGGGCGCGCAAUCCCUCUCCUUUCCCUGCCUGCUGUAGUAAAGAGUUGCUGUUUGCCGGCUGCGGGCUGCGCGCGCCUGUGCUUUCCCCCAGGGCCAGGACGGGGGGGGUCGCAAGGGCUGCCGCUGCCGACACCCGCAGUCCAGUGGUGCCCUUCGUCCCCGCCGGGAGCUGCUUUUCCAGACGGGGAAUGGCGUGGCUGGGCACGACGGCGCCUUGAGGGGGGCCUCUCGUGCUGCUUAGGUGGGGACGGCCCGGGGACGCCCCCGGCUCGAGGAGCCCCCGCCAUGUCGCCGAAGCGCUGCAGAGGGUCCGCGGCCCCCCAGCCCGAGCGUGGCAGGUCCCCGAGGGGCCCGGGCCGGGCAGAGGGGCAGCCGGCCCCCGCGGCCGGCGGGGAGGCCGAGGCGGUCGGCCGCGGGCGUGGGGGGCGGAAGCGCAAGGAGACGGUCGUGCGGCAGCGGGCGGCCACCGGCGAGCACCCCAACAUCUGCGUGGAGUGCGGCAAGAGCUUUGCGCAGAGCGCGGCGCUGCUGGCCCACCGGCACAGCACCGGCGAGGUGAAGCCCUUUGCCUGCCUCGACUGCGGCAAGAGCUUCGGCCUCAGCGACAAUCAGAUUCGGCAGCAGUGCGCCCACGCCGGCGGGAGCCCACAGAGCUGCCGGGACUGUGGGAAGGAGGUGGACGGCGACACCAACGACCCCAGCCCAGCCCCGCAACCCCCUGGCCAGAGUCCCGACGAGUGCCGCGACUGCGGGGAGGGCUUCGGCCAGAGCUCAGACCUGGCGAAGCACCAGCAGCUGCACACCAGCGAGCGGCCCUACGCCUGUAUUAAGUGUGGGAAGAGUUUCCGACGGAGCUCGGACCUCGUCAUCCACCAGCGUGUCCACACCGGCGAGCGGCCCUAUACCUGCUCCAAGUGCGGGAAGAGGUUCAGCCGGAGCUCGGACCUCGUCAUCCACCAGCGCAUCCACACCGGCGAGCGGCCCUACAAGUGCCCCCAGUGUGGGAAGACCUUCAAGAGCAGCUCCAACCUCAACAUGCACAAGCGGACCCACCUGGGCGAGCGGCCCUACAAGUGCGCCGACUGCGGCAAGAGCUUCAGCUACAGCUCAUCCUUCCUCAAGCACCAGCGCAUCCACACCGGGGAGAAGCCCUACGAGUGCCCCCACUGCGGGAAGAGCUUCUGCGAGAGCUCAGCCCUGAUCCGGCACCAGCGCACCCACACCGGGGAGACCCCCUACCAGUGCCCCCACUGCACCAAGAGCUUCAAGCAGACCUCGUCCCUCAUCACCCACCUACGCACCCACACUGGGGAGACCCCCUACCACUGCCCCCACUGCGGCAAGAGCUUCAAGCAGACCUCGUGCCUCAUGACCCACCUGCGCACCCACACCGGGGAGAAGCCCUACCACUGCGGCAAUUGUGGCAAGAGCUUCUGUGAGACCUCGGCCCUGAUCCGCCACCAGCGCAUCCACACCGGGGAGAAGCCCUACCAGUGCCCCCACUGCGGGAAGAGCUUCUGCGAGAGGUCGCCCCUCGUUACCCACCUGCGCAUCCACACCGGGGAGACCCCCUACCAGUGCCCCCACUGCAGCAAGAGCUUCAAGCAGACCUCGUCCCUCAUCACCCACCUACGCACCCACACCGGGGAGAAGCCCUACAAAUGCUGUGACUGUGGCAAGAGCUUCAAGCAGAGCUCGGCUCUGGUCCGGCACCAGCGCAUCCACACCGGGGAGACCCCCUACCAGUGCCCCCACUGCGGCAAGAGCUUCAAGCAGACCUCGUCCCUCACAGUCCACCUGCGCACCCACACCAGGGAGAAGUCAUACAAGUGCCGUGACUGUGGCAAGAGCUUCAGCGAGACUUCACCCCUCAUCAGGCACGAGCGCAUCCACCUAGGAUAGGUUCCCGCAGCUGCUCCUCCUCUGCAUUUGGGGGCCUGAAACAGACAGGGCUAGAGGUAGCUCCGGAGAACCUGGGGGCUUCCAGCCACGGCAGGAAAGCAGGAGGCUUGCAUAGUUGUGCCAGCAUGAGCACCCAGGACUCCUCCUGAGUGUGACCGGGCACUUGUGGCAGAGGAGCCGCGGUGGGUAUGGGCUCAUGGGGACAUUUAGCCUCCCCAUGUGGAAGGGGACAUGGCACUGUCACUAUAUGCCUGCAGGAAUCAUAGAAUCAUUGCGAUUGGAAAAGAUCUCUGGGAUCAUCAAGUCCAACCAUCAACCAAGCACUACCAUGCUUCGUAAUCUAUGUCCUCUAACGCCAUGUCUACAUUUUUUUGAACACCUCCAGGGAUGGUGUCUCCACCACCUGUCUGGGUAGCCUGUUCCAAUUCCUGGACCCUGUCCCAGCCAGAGCUGUGGGAAGCCCACGCCGGGCGGGCAGCCCUGGCUCGCUCCUGGCUCAGGGCUGAGGGCUCGGGACGGCCCGGGCCGCCUUUGCGCUGCGCUGUGUCCAUGUCGUGGCUGUUGUGUAAACGGGGCCAAGCCUUUUACCUGCCGGUGUUUCGCCAUGGGGUUCAAGGGAGGAAAGGGGAGGGGGGGACUGCAAAGCACAACCCAAGGCCUGGGCUUGCUCGCAAGGCGCGCUCCUCCCUGCGUGAGCACAAAGGGUCCUGUAAGCCAUUAAGCGGGCAACGGCCCUGCCCGAGCAGGGCUGUCGCAGCAGCUCGGCCGACGCCGCUGGCAAGACAAGCUCAGCGCGAGCCCGGGCUCAGCAUGGCGGGGCGCGCAAUCCCUCUCCUUUCCCUGCCUGCUGUAGUAAAGAGUUGCUGUUUGCCGGC